AAGAAGAAGAAUGGAUAGAAGUGGAAGACGAACAAGAAGAACAAGCAGAGGAAAUCAAAGAAGAUGCAGAGGAAGCCACAGCUGAAGAACAAGAAGAGCAAGCUAAAGAACCAGAAGAAGGAGAAUCUAAGCCCAAACCCAAACUCUUCAUGCCAAAUCUGGUACCUCCAAAAAUCCCUGAUGGAGAAAGAGUGGACUUUGAUGACAUUCACCGCAAGCGAAUGGAAAAGGAUCUGAAUGAGCUGCAAGCACUGAUUGAGGCCCAUUUUGAAAAUAGAAAGAAAGAGGAGGAAGAGCUGAUAUUCCUCAAGGACAGAAUUGAACAGAGGCGAGCAGAGCGAGCUGAGCAACAACGGAUCCGUAGUGAACGAGAGAAGGAACGCCAGGCCCGAGUUGCUGAAGAAAGAGCCCGGAAGGAGGAAGAAGAAGCUAGGAAAAGGGCUGAAGAGGAUGCCAGGAAGAAGAAAGCUUUCUCCAACAUGCUCCAUUUUGGAGGCUAUCUACAGAAGACAGAGAAGAAAAGUGGGAAAAAGCAAACAGAGCGAGAGAAGAAGAAAAAAAUCCUCAGUGAGCGUAGAAAACCUCUGAAUAUUGAUCAUCUGAAUGAAGACAAGCUGAGGGAAAAGGCCAAGGAAUUGUGGCAAAAUAUUCAUGAUCUAGAAGCUGAAAAAUUUGAUUUGCAGGAAAAGUUCAAGAGACAGAAAUAUGAGAUUAAUGUUCUACGAAACCGCAUUAGUGACCAUCAAAAGGUUAAAGGCUCAUAGUAAGGACAAAAUGUCUGUCCUGGACAGACCAACCAGCAAUCUCGUGUUGCUUAUUGGAGAUGUUUAAAGUUCUAGUGUUUUAUUGUUGUGUAUACAAAGGUGUUUGUAUGUUUUUGAUUGGUAAAUUCCCACAUCCUGGGAAUUUAGCGGGGAGUGUUCCGUCCCCCAGGACGAUGGUUUGCCUUACUUAUUGGUCGUUUGUUUGUUUUCCCUCCUUUGCAUUCUGUUUCAGCCUCUGGCUGCAAAGGCCUAGGAAAAGUGGCUUGGAAUCUGCAAAAGCUGGCUGCAGUUUUCUUUGCAGUGAUUGGUCAAAGAGUGCAACAUCUUAGGACCGCCCUUUUUACCAGGGUCUAGUCUCCAUUUUGGAGUUUCAUUCUGGCUAUUGUCUUCCAACGUGCUGGAGCUGUGCAAGGCUAACUGGGACAAAUCAUCCUCAAAACCAGGCCAAUCUAAGCCUAUCCAAAUUAGAUAAGUAUUGAAUUAUAUUGAUCUGGAAUAGGAAAUCUAGUUAUAGGAGCAGGGUUAUUCUGUCGCUUCUAGAACUAAUCUUUGCUGUAAAGAUAGGGAAGGAAAGAGUUUCUCCUUCUAAUAUAGGCAGCGUGAUUAGGGUAUAGUGGUUUUAUAAUCACCUUUGCUUUCUGGAACCAGGGAUAAUUCUGUACCUAAAACCUAUAGAAAUUUGUUUCAUUUUCUGCAACUUUAAGAUCUGUGCCAGGUUUACAACCUUGUAUGAAUAAACAUCCUUUUUUGAAGUUA